CCCCGAUCCAUCCACCCUCACGCACAGAUGGCCGAGUUCGCGUCCGACUCCGUGGAGGCCAGCAGCCCCGGCGGCUCGCAGCCGGCGGCGGCCGGCACGCCGCCGGUCAAGCGCCCAAGCUCGCUGUUCAUCGACAGCACGGCGUCCAUCAGCCCGGAUGGCGCGGGCAAUGUGGCGGCGUCGCCGCUGUCGCUGCGCCUGCCGCCGCCCCCGCGGUCGGCCCACUCGCCGCUGAUGUCGCCGCUUUCCGGCGGCGGGGCCAACCCCUCGGCGCGGAACUCGGUGAUCUUCGUGCAGCCGGCCUUCGGCUGCGCGGAGGCCGCGGCCGAUCCGGACCAGCCGCCGCCGGAGCGGCCCCGUCGCCUGGAGCACAUUCGCCUGCUCCCGCCGAAGCCGGCCGCCACCAAGGCCCUCAGCGAGGAGCUGGCGGCGGCACAGGCGCGGGCGGCGCGGCAGGCGGCCGAAGCGGCGGCCGCCGCCUCGGCCGCUGCCUCCUCCUCGCCCAGCGGCGGGUCCUUCUUCAAGAGCCUGUCGCUCAAGCGGUCGGCCAGCACGCGCGCGGCCCCGUCCAAGGGGUUCUACGCCAAUCGCGAUGCCUUCGGCGCGAGCUUCGUCGAUGAGGCCGGUGCGCGUGUUGGGGGGGAUGGCGGUGCCGGCCCCGGGGCCACCCUCGGCGCGGCCACCUCCUCCACCAGCAUCUCCUCCACCGGGUCCGGCGGGGCGUCGGAUUUGGCCGCCCGGUCGCACCUGCUGGCCCGGCUGGCGGAUCUCGGCAUCUCGCCGCAGCUGCUGCGCAGCCCGCUGCUGGAUGGGCGCCGCACCGACGAGAGUGUGGUCGACCUGCUGGCCGGGCGCCAGCACUUCAUGUACAACUACUUCGGCAGCGAGCUGACCGGGUUCUCGGUGCUGCCGGACUCCCUGACGGAGGCUGGCGGUGGUGCGGCCGGCGCCGAGGCCUCCGACUCGGCCUCCGCCACCGGGUCCCUGUCCACCUCGGCGUCCAUGGUGCUGGAGGACAACCGGGCGCCCACUUCCAGUGCCGGCGCGGCCGCCUACUUCGUGGGCUUCACCGGGCUGGUGGAUGCGCUGCGCGCCUCGCGCAAGGAAACCCGCGAUGUGGUGUCCUACCUGCGCACGCGUGCCCAGUAUGAGGACGAGUACCACCGGAACUUGCACCGGGUCACCGCGUCGGCCUACAAUGCCAAGGGGUUCCGCCUGCCGGAGCCUCCGGCCGGUGGUCGCGCGGAGCCGGGCAAGCGCGGCGCCCAGCUGGCCGCCCCGGCCUCCCUGGAGGAUCUGGCCUCCGUCGGCGGGGAGAGCGAGCUGGCCGGCAUCUGGUCGCAGGUCCUCCGCUCGACCACCCUCAUCGCAGACCAGCACCGGCAGCUGACUCUGACCCUGAUGCAGAACCUGUCCAACCAGCUGGAGGUCUUCGACAAGGAGAUGCGCCGCGAGGUGGAGAACGAGUUCAUGCACCUGGAGAGUCUGCACAACGACUAUGCCCAGAACCUGGACGACACCAACAAGCUGAAGAAGCAAUACUUCGCCCUGUCGAAGGACCUGUUCAAUGCGCGCAAGGAGCUCAGCAACCCCAAGGAGCCGCUCAACCCCCGCGCCACCAAGAGUCUGCGCAACAAGAUUGCCAAGCUCAACGACGAGGCCUUCCACGUGAACAACCAGUACCAGGCGGCCAUUGGCCGGACCAACCAGAGCAUGCUUUCCUGGGUGUCCAUCCAGAAGGCCGCCUGCUCGCGGCUCCAGUGCCUGGAGACCGUGCGGAACAUCCUGCUCCGGAAUGCCAUCCUCGAGCUGAUCGAGGCCCAGGAGGAGCUCAUCCGCCAGACGCAGCCCUCGCUGGAGGCCGUCCGCCGGAACAUCCAUGCCUCCACCUCGAUGGCCGACAUCGAGGGGUUCCUGUCGCGCACGCGCACCGGCGACAGCAUCCCCGCCUACGUGGAGUACGAGGACUUCUAUGCGGUCAAUUUGGAGGCCGCGCGCCUGCGUGACCUCGAGGAGAAGAGCCGCAACCCGGAGGACGCCAACCGGGUGCCGGCGGCCCGCGUGACGGACAGCGUCUUCGGCCUGCCGCUGGACGCCUGCCUGCAGCGGUACAACGACCACAAUGUGGCGGUGGCUCAGGCGGCGGUGGCGGCCCCGGCCCCGGCGGCGGCCCCGGCUUCCGCCGUGUCGGCCCUCUCGCCGGCCAGCUCGGUGUCAAGCAUUUCCUCGGCCUCCUCCUCCGGCGGCGGGAAUGCCACCCUGCCCGAGGACCCGGUCCUGCUGUCCCAGCAGCAGGCCCAGGCCGCGUCGCUGGCGCGGGCGGUGGCCGCCGCGCGGGCGGCCGCCCAGCACGCCGAAGAGGAGGCCGGCAUGGCGCCGGCCGCCCCGGCUGAUGGCGAGCCCCCGGCCCCGGAGCCGGCGGCCGUCCCGGUGGAGAUCCCCCCGCCGCCGGCCUCCCGGCUGUUCGCCAAGCCGCUGCUGGCCCCGGGCAAGCCCUUCAAGUGGCAUGUGCCGGAGGUGGUGGUGGAUUGCGUGUACUUCCUGGAGAAGUUCGGCCUCCGCGAGGAGGGCAUCUACCGCGUGCCUGGCCGGAAGAACCGCAUCGAGGACUUGCAGAAUGCCUGUCGCACGAGCCAGCCCCCGCUGGCGGACCACCUGCUGGCCAAUUACCCCGCGGCCGAUGUGCAGAUCUCCGAUGUGGCGUCCCUGCUGAAGCUCUUCCUGCGGUCUGCCCCGCAGGCGGUCAUCCCGCAUGAGCUGCUGCAGCCGUUCAUCGAUCUGUGCUCGCUGACGGACCUGAGCCAGCGCAAUGCCGAACUCGAGCGCCUCGUCCUCGGCUUGCCGGAUGCCAAUCGCGACACGCUGGUCUUCCUGCUGCAUCACCUGUGGCGCGUGCUGCUUUUCACCAACCACAACUUGAUGAAUGCCCAGGCCCUGUCCAUCUGCUGGGCCCCGUGCAUCUUCGGCGACAGCCACCUGGACUUGCAGUUUGUCCAGCUCCAGCCAUCUCUGCUGGCGUACAUGAUCGAGAGCUGCCCGCAGGUGUUCCCGGUCGCGCCGCAGCCGUGGGACGUGGCCGCCUGUGUGUACACCUCGCCGGUGGAGCAGCUGGCCCGCGAGCAGUACAUGGAGCGCAGUGCCGAUCAGCAGCGCUCCACCGCCGAGCGGGAGAAGUCCUCCAUCGCCCGGGAAAUCGCGGCCGCCAUCCACACCGCCCACCAGGUCAAGGCGAGCCCCUCAUCCUCGGCGGCCGGUAGCCCGGCCAUGCAUGAGCACCAGCACCCGGGCCAUGCGGGUGCUGCUGAGGAUGACGCGGCCGGGGAUGCGUCCUCGCCGCCGCCGCUGCAGGCCUUCGCUGCCCCGCCGCCGCCGCUGCAGCCCCUGCAGCCGGAGGAGCCCGACACCCCUCCGGUGGAGGAUGACGGCUUGACCCAGGAGGAGCGCGAUGCGGCGGCCGCCCUGGAGGCCGCCCACGCGGCCAUGGCCGACCUGUGCACCUUCACCUCGGAGCCCCCGACGCCCAUCUCCCCCGGCAGUGCGCAUGUCCCCUCGAGCCCGUUCAGCCCGCCGCCACUGGUGCCGGUCUUCCCGGUGUCGCCGGCCGGGUCGGUGGUCUCCCCGCCCGCUGCUGCUGCUGCUGCUGCUGCUGCUGCCCCUCCGGCGGCUGACAACGGCCUGGGCUUCGAUGUCAUCGACUCGUCCACCAUCGACUAUGAGCCGUACCAGCCGCCGGCGGCCGAGGCCGCGCCGGACUACUCGGCCUUCAUGAACAAUGCUCCGGCGCUCGGUGACUUUGGUGCCACCUUCGGCGUGCCGGUCGUCGACACCGCGGCCCUGGAGUUGGACCUGGACGCCCUGCUGUCGGAGACCGCGGCCGCCGUGAGCGCGGCCAACUCCCCGACCACCCCCUUCUAAGGGGGGUGUAGGUGUGCCACCCUUUGCGGGGGGG